AUGACCAAGUCUCCCCAAGAUCUGCAGAUUGCCAUUCUGGGCGCCGGCAUGGGUGGCCUCACUACCGCCCUUGCUUUGGCACAGCGUGGCUUCAAGAACAUUGAUGUCUACGAGAGCGCACACGACCUUGGCUUUGUUGGAGCUGGUAUCCAGCUGGCCCCUAACAUGGCCCGCGUCCUUGACGGGCUCGGUGUCUGGAAGCCCAUUGAGGCCGAGGCUGUAGACAUUACCGAUACGUCCGUGCGAGUUGGUGCCACUGAUGCUGAGCUUGCUCACGUUGAGCUGCGCUACAUUGAGAAGACCUAUGGCUACAAGCACAUGGUGGGACACCGCGCGUCGCUGGCCGACGGUCUCUACCAGGGCUGCUUGAACGAGAAGGCCAUCAAGUUCCAUUUUGCAACCACUGGAGAGAAGGUUGACGUCUCCAGCGAGCGUCCCUCGUUCACUGCCGUGCCUCGUGAUGAGAGCAAGUCCUCGUACACGGUGGAAUGCGACAUUCUGCUCGGUGCCGACGGCAUCAAGUCCAACACCCGUGUCGAGAUGCUUAAGAAAUUGGGCGUUGACGUCGGUGUCAAGGAUACCAACCAGGCCGCCUACCGUAUCAUGAUCCACAAGGACCAGAUCAAGGACGACCCUGAGCUCCUGGCUCUGAUCAAUAACACCCGCGUUACCCGCUGGAUCGGAGAGAAGCGCCACAUUAUCGCCUAUGCUGUCUCCAACAACACCAUCUACAACCUCUCCACUACCCAACCCGAUACCAACUUCGCCGCUGCAACUAACGCCACCUACACCACCAAGGGUGACAAGAAGGCCAUGUUGGAAGUUUUCUCCGAUUUUUGUCCCAUGGUCCAGCGCAUGCUGAAUUAUGUCCCCGAGGGUGAGGUCUGCGAGUGGAAGUUGCGCGUCCACGAUCCCCUCCCCACCUGGGUCCACGGCUCUGUGGCCCUGGUCGGCGACUCCUGCCACCCCACCCUGCCUCACUUGGCCCAGGGUGCCGCCCAGGCCAUCGAGGACGGCGCCGUUCUCGGCGUUGCCCUCUCCCGUCUCCCCGACACUACCCCUGAGUCCAUCAACAAGGCUCUUCGCGUCUACGAGCGCGUCCGUAAGAGCCGCGCCGAGGCCCUCGUUAACAUGGCUUCUGCCUCCGGCCGUGCCCUGCACUUGGGAGAUGGUGCGGCCAAGGAGGAGCGUGACCGUCAAUUCGCAGCUCUCCGUGAAGGCAAGGGUCCCGUACCCGACAAGUGGGCUGAUGCCGAUGUCCAGCGUGAGAUCUACGGCUUCGACUGCACCAAGGUCACUGAGGAGAAGUUCGAUGAGUACUUUAAGCAGAUGUAA